AUGGACUCUAAUAUUAUCACUGAGAUAAAAAAAUGCGAUAUUGAUGCUUCCUGCAUCUGCGCUCCUGCAUCGAUUACUAACGUCAGGCAUCUGUCGUCCUACAGCUGGCUUGACAGGCCUACCGCCACGAUCGCUGUCCCGGGGAGUCCACCUCUCUGGUCAGCUCCUAGAACUUCCCUGAAGCUCCAAAAGGAUUCGGGCCUCUACUACAUUAACCAGAACGAAGGUCGUUACCCAGAGAGUCCUCUUGAGCCGCUAUUCCAGGCUUUGUAUAUUACAAAUCCUUCUUUCGAUAUCCGCUCUGUCGACGUUGUAACUGAUCGGAACAAUAUUCGUAAGCUUCUGGCCUUCGUCAACCCUGACUUGACCCCUAGCGACCAUGAGCCAUUCACCAUAGGUGUAGAGGUUAUUGGGACGACUACGUUGUUUCGCCGAGACGAGAUGGCAACCACUAGGUUUAUUGAGCCAAACGAGUUUCGUGGUUUUGGCCAUGAGUUUGAGAAGGCAUGCACUACCGAGCAGGUUGUGGAUAGCGCUGGUCACCACAGGAUCAUCGGGUAUCGAUUUGGUGGCCUAAACUUUAUCGUACGCUACGAAGCCGACGGUUACGUAGGCGACGCUAAGACGGAUUCGUUACAAAUCGAAACUUCACAAGAUGACCCUCUAGUCACCAACAUGAGAGUUCUGUCAUUGUCGCCAGCCACAGCCAUCUCAACCACCACUCCUGCCCUAUCGAAACUGGUCAUCACUGAAGAAGGCCGAGCUGUGCCUCAACAGUCAAUUCUUGAAAUCAAAACCCGAGCAAUCCGGAGACCCUUAUCUGUGCCAGACGUCGCCACACAGCUCUGGGUGUCCCAAACGUCGAAGCUCGUUAGAGCGUAUCAUCAGCAUGGGAAAUUUGAAGCACCCAAAGUCGAGGACGUAGAAGCUCAGAUCAAAAGAUGGGAAGAGCUCAACCAGGCGGACUUGAAGCGAUUAGCGGCCCUAAUCAAAACGAUCUCCAAUUUGGCAAGUCAAUCUGGCGGGAAAGCCACCAUCAGGUAUGAUGGUGUAAGUAAAUUGUUACUUUACCGGGCCGGCAGUAGGGACAUGCUGCCUCACUUCCUGUAUUCCAGGUGGGAGGAGAAAGGCAAUACGCAAUCGACGACCUCGUUGAGCGUUUAUGAGGAAGCAGAGUUGUCCAAAACGCUUGAUCAAGGUCAAGGAGAGACCACAGAAACAACUGAAUCCCAUUACGGUGAUGGGCCUUACUCAGAAGUGAUCAGAUAUGGGGUAGAUAAAGGGUUUCGACAAUUCUUUCGCCGCAUGCCUAUGCGGCUCUCCGAAUAUCAUCUUCUUUGUGACGCCCUCGAUUCUCUUGCUAUCGAUGUCACUGGUGGCCGUACCAUUCGCGAUAUCAUGUACGACAUGAGGAAAGGCAAGGACGAAUGGGAUCCAGAGGAGAGAUCAAACACCGGAGGGUUUAAGCAUAUCGCACGAGAUUCGGCUUUUCGACUCUUGUACAUGCUUUUGCAGUCAGACGUUGUCGAUACCAACAUGGCCUACAAUGCGGUAUUGUUUGUGGUUUCACACUACCGGAUAUUUAAACACCGAACCCGAAAGAUGGUGAGGGAGGCUUUGGAGGAAAAUUGCCAGAUGUCAGUAAAACAGCGGGCAGGUCUGGAUAAGUGGCCAGUUGAAGAGUCCUUUUUUACAAUAUCGGAAGAAGAUGUGACGACAGAGUCUGAAGACAUCUUUUACGAUUCUGACUAUUCUUUCUGA